AAGGACCGGAGUACCAGCGGCAGCUUGGGGAGCGUCUGAGCGGGGAAAUCUGCGUCCAAUACGGGAGAAGUCAAGGGGGAAUCCGCGAUGAGUUGGGGAACGGAGCUCUGGGACCAGUUUGAUAAUCUGGACAAACACACUCAAUGGGGGAUCGACUUUCUUGAGCGCUACGCAAAGUUUGUCAAGGAGAGGCUGGACAUCGAGCAAACCUACGCCAAGCAGCUACGGAACUUGGUGAAGAAAUACUGUCCCAAGCGCUCUAAAGAAGAGGAGCCCAGGUUCACAUCAUGUCUGUCCUUCUACUCCGUACUGAAUGAGCUCAACGACUAUGCUGGCCAGAGGGAGGUGGUGGCGGAGGAGAUGGAUCACAAGGUGUACGGAGAGCUGAUGAGGUACAGCCAAGACAUCAAAGCGGAGAGGAAGCACCAUCUACAGGAGGGCAGAAAGGCCCAGCAGCAUUUGGAUCAAUGCUGGAAACAGAUGGACAACAGUAAAAGGAAGUUUGAGAGAGAGUGUAAAGAAGCAGAGAAAUCCCAGAUUAGCUACGACCGGUUAGAUAAUGACAUCAACGCCACCAAGUCCGAGGUGGAGAAGGCCAAAGCCCAGUUUUACCUGCGCACUCACAUGGCGGACGAGAGUAAGAACGAGUAUGCGGCCCAGCUGCAGAACUUCAACGCAGAGCAGUGGAAACAUUUCAACAACGCCGUACCGCACAUCUUCAAGAAUUUACAGGACAUGGAUGACCGCCGAACGGUGAAGCUCGGAGAGACGUACCGGAGCUUUGCCGAGGCGGAGCGGAGAGUCAUUCCUAUCGUCUCCAAAUGUCUAGAAGGGAUGGUCUCUGCGGCCAAAGCUGUCAACGUGCGAAGGGAUUCAGCCAUUGUCGUGGAGUCGUUUAAGUCGGGCUUCGACCCCCCAGGCGACUUCCCCUUUGAGGACUUCAGUCAGAAUCUGAGCCGAUCCGGAUCAGACGGGACAAUCAGCAACACACCCAAGGGAGACCGAGAGAGAGACCGAGACCGAGACCGAGACCGAGACCGAGACGGGACCCCCGGGUCUCGACCCGACCCAAAACACCCGAUGAGUAGGACCAAGAACAAGCUGUGGCUGUUUGGGAAGAAACCUAAGUCCCCUUCCUCCCUUCCUCCUCCACCACCUUCCUCCUCCUCCUCCUCCUCCUCCUCCUCCCAUCCCAAGUCCACCUCCCAUAUCUUUCCUCCACCCCGGUUCAGCACUGACUCAGUGAGUCACUAUCUGUCUGAGAUAAAGACUACAGUACCCAGAAUCCCACAGAAUUUGAGGCUCCUCAGGAGAGGGGCCCCUUCCCUGGAGGAUUUCAGCCACUUACCCCCCGAGCAGAGGAGGAAGAGGCUGCAGCAGAGGAUCGACGAACUCAGCAAAGAGCUCCAGAAAGAGAUGGAUCAGAGAGAUGCCCUAAACAAGAUGAAGGACGUGUACGAGAAGAAUCCACAGAUGGGAGAUCCCAGCAGCCUGCAGCCCAAGAUAUCAGAGACCAUAUGUAACAUGGAGAAGCUGCGGUCGGAGAGACACAAAAACGAGACUUGGUUAUCUGAGGUGGAGGGAAAGCAGAGCAGCAGAGGAGACAGAAGACACAGCGCUGACAACCACCAUCACACUCCUCAAGGCAGAGAGAGUCCCGAGGGCAGUUACACCGAUGACACCAGUCAGGAGCAUCACACGCCUCAACUGCGCACCAGUCCUCCGAAGCCCGGGCAGCCGAACCCCGAGCUGCACGAGUUCGACGACGAGUUCGACGACGACGACCCGCUGCCCGUCCUCGGGCACUGCAAAGCGCUCUACUCCUUCGACGGUCAGAACGAGGGCACGCUGGUGAUGGCGGAGGACGAGGUGUUGUACAUCAUCGAGGAGGAUAAAGGCGACGGCUGGACACGGGCGAGGAAGCAGAGCGGCGAGGAGGGCUACGUGCCCACUUCCUACGUCGAAAUCACCAUGGAGAGAAACAGCAAAGGUUCCUGAGGGCUGCAGGGUGGCCGGGCGAUUUGAUUGGCUGGUGGAGGGCUCACGCUGAGUGCUGAUAAUUGGUGGUGGGGGGCGACCCAAGGAAGAGAGAGGUAGUGAGGGAGAGACAGAUAAAGUGGAGGCAGGUCUGCAUGUCUGCAUGCUCGCAUAUUCAUAAAUCGGCAAAGCAUGUUAAUGGAGGAAGAAGGGAGGGUCAUAAGUAGAAGAGUAGACGGAUGACAUCAAAGCCAAAGAAAGGGUGAUAAUACGAUUUUUUAAUCUCUUCAAGCUGCAAAAGCUCGCAAAGUAAAGCUAGAACAUCAGUACGCUCGUGUAUCUGCUGCGACCUCACGAAUGGGGGCGUGGCUGAUAUGACUUUACGGUUUGAGCUGGCAGAGAGCGGUGCAACAGCAGCUGUCCUCUGUGGAUUUCUCAUUUUUAAUAAGAACAGGAGCAUCUUCCCACCUCCAUCGUCUGCUUUGGGCUUUGUUGGGAUAGCGUUCCCUUUUUUGUAAAUUAAAUUAUCCUCUUCCAUAGAAACUGUCCACGCUUUGGAGGAAAAGCUUCUUUUGUUAGCAUGCUCGGCAUUUUUCACUCAAAUCGAGUUGCUCCGCAAACCAUAAAUUAACAUUUUGACCAAAAGAACAUGUCUUCACAGAAGAUGACGUUGCAGCUGAGCAACCCAUGAGACGUGACUGAAAACUUUGGAAACACCAAAGGGAAUCAUUCUUGUCAUGAGCUAUUUAUCGAGUCAAACGGCUAUUUCCAACAUCAAGAAUGGCCCCUCCAAUUCAAGAUAAAACAUUUAAAUAUUCUCUGAAUCAGACUGCCAACAUGUUUUGGUCCAGCUCUGAAUGAGAUGAAAUAGAUGUUGACUUGAGCUUGUGGCUGUCAAAGUUUGUCACCUUUUUUUCUUUUUUCUUAGGGUCAGUCGCGCUUACAUUAUUAGCUGUCACUAACGACGUCGUGGUCAUCAUCAUCAUCAUCACCAUCAUCACCUGAGCUCUGUUGGUGAUGUCUGCCUGCCUGAGCCACUCUGCUCCUCAUGCCUGCCUUCACUCUCAUACACUCGCAUGUCCAUAACGUGUCCCAAACUUGAUCGGGGCAGCGUAUAUGUGCCUUUUAACUGCAACUUGUGUGUGUGUGUGUGUGCAUUGGCUGGGCUGUGUGUUGAACGCCGUGUCAUCCUCAUAUUUGAAUGGAAGCAUGGGUAUGAUUUUAUGUUUGUGUGUUUCAUGUUACUCAGAGUUACUCAUCGGACAGACAGGACAACCAGGUGAACACAGGACCGCUCUACCCCUUUCUUUCUUUUCCCACGUUUCCUCUGUUCUUCCUGGGUUUGUAACGCCACCAGUUGACCAGCAGGUGGGAGCCUUCCCUCACCAAACCACAGCGGAGCCGGACUGGGCCGCUUUGACACCGGACAUAAGGAGGAGCUCCGGUGUCUAUGGAGUCCGACUGCCUUAAAACACACCUGUUGUUUUACUGUGGAGGGAUUACUCCACACAUAUCUCUGGAUGUCUUCCAUUUCUGCCUGACUACAUCACCCAUCAGCCACCUGGGCUCAGCCUUUCCUCCAUGGAGACUCAAGUGCAUCUCCAUACAAUUUAAUAAAUAUUUUUUUUUUUUCAAAGAACAUUUUUUAUCAGUUGUUUUUUGUAAAUGUGACGACACACGCAGGCAUGUAUGAACAACAUGUGUGCUUGUUUAUGGAGAGCCCAACGGGCUCUGGGCCUGUUGGGCUCUCCAUACCUGUUAACAUGUAAACGUGUCUACGAUGUUUGUUUUACCGUUGAAUGAUUUGUACAUAUUAACAUCCGUCAUGUCAUGCUGAAUGUGUUCCCACGGUGAUUGUUAGUAGGUAUGUUUUAUUGGCUCUCUUCCCAAGAGACAACAAGGUUUAAAUUGAACUGAUGCACUUUGCCCUGAAGUCCUACAGCAUUUGAAUCUGAUUAAAAUGAACGUGUUAAAGAGUGGAUAGGUGAAUGAGGGUCUGUGUUGGCUGCGGAGAGAGGUGAACUUUAUGAAUGACCACUGUGUAGCGGCGAGGAGCGGAAACGUCUCCAGUUAUUUCUCUUCCUGAUGGUUUUUAUACUCUUUUUGUAACUAGGCGAGCAAUGGCUGACUUCUGUUCCGCAUGAUUUUCUCGACUCUUUAAAUUAAUGUGUCUCUCUGUUUGAACCAUUCACUGUAUAUUGUUUUUUAAGAGACUACCAAAACUACACAUCUGAAGAAUACUUUGAGUUCCUUUUGAUGCUAUUUAAGAGAAGAAUGCCACCAGUGGUCCGCUGCUUGUCGAUGUAAACAGCAGGGGGCGCCGCCUCGCGCGUAGUUGUAGUCUGCGUUUCUUCCACGAAAGCUGUGAAAUGUACAGAAUGAUGCUGUCGCUGUUGUUACUUGAACUCUGGUCACGCUUCUUCUCCACAUUUUACUCUCCGAUCUGUGAUCGUCUCGCAUCAGACAAAUAGUUGAACAUUGAGAGAGAUUUGCCUUCCACAAGUUUUCUACAAACGGUAAACAAAGGGUAAUGCAGGCUAGCCUUCAGAUUCACAGUACAUCUGGGAGAGGAGGGGUCACUCUUCAUGCAACUCUGCAAAAAAUAAGUGAAAAGGCGAAUGAAAUUGAGUCGUGUCUGCAGUCUGUCAGUUUUUGAUAUUUAUAACCAGUUAUCCGAUCCAUCGGUGAUUUCCGUCUCCUGUACACAUCUGAUUUCCUGGUUGGCUGCAGCAAAUCAAAUUGAAACUACAUAUGAUAUAAGAUUGGUGCAGUUAAGUGUUGCACAUUAGAUUUAUUUUGUUCGAGUGGUAAUACAAUCGCACUGUUCAUGUCAGUGUCUCUUUUUAAAGCAAUUACGGCUGCAACAAAUUUGCUUUCAUUAUUUUUAAUUGUUUAGUCUAUGAAGUGUAAAAUAAAAUGGUCAAUAAUGCCUAUCAGAAGUUUAAAUGGACGUCUUCCAGUGUUGGUUUUCUUCAAAGAAAAGUCCCAAAUUUAAACGUGUUCCAUUCAUAUUGAUAUAAAACAGAGAAAGGCAGCUUAUUUGAGAUGUUAUGUUUUUAUGCGAAAUGACUAACAGAAGAUGGAUGAAACAAAUCGCACCACUUUCAGCACUAAAAGCAGAACAUUGCUUGUGAUUCUAAAUGUGCACUCAGACAUGCAGCAUGUAUCCUAGUGGCCAUGACGAUCCUCUGAUGUGAGGUAAAGGUCGUGACCUCUGUCCUGCUGAGUAGUGUUGCUGUGAAGAUGCUUGCAGGGCAUUUUUUUUACUGACUCAAACAGACUCCAAAUGUUUCCUUCUGAUCCCACAGUUCCUUCUUAUGCUCGUGAGACAUGUUUGGAGUGUACUGUCCCUUUAAUCAAAGAAUACAUAACGUCGGGUACGCAGCAGCUUGGAAAUGAGCAAAAUACACCAAAAGUUCGAUUCACGGUUCUUUUUUAAAUCUAUUAAUAUACAUAUACAAACUGCGAGUAUAAUAGCUACUGUGCUGUAUUUCUGAAUAUUAAGCAAAAACACAAUAAUAAAGCAGCUUUGAGAUGUUGCAUAUGAUGACGUUCUUGUCCUCUCGUUACGGUUCUUUACAAAAACCUGAUAAGCUACUGUGAGCGGGGUGCCGUUGACCACCCAGAAAACAAAAACAGAAGACGACGUCUUCGGCGACAUUCCUCUAGUUUUUAAACUCCUAUCUUUGUGUUUGUCCUGCGGAAAAACAGCGAUGACCGUAGAACUCGGCAUCAACAUCCGGUCAGUGAAUGAAAGCAGCAGCAGGUACGAGGUGAUUCCGCAGGAUAUUGACAUCCAUGUAAAUGUGUUUUACCAUGUUGUAUGUGUUGUAAAAACUAAUGGCAGUACUUCUCUUUCCGUAUUGUGCACAUAUUUUUACUUUAAAUGUUAUCAGACACUAUGUGAGUUUUUUUUCUUCUUCUUCCAAGAUAUUGUCUAAUAAAAAUAAAUGGAAUUGAAACGGU